CCAUCCGCCCCCGGAGAACAAAAAAUGUACUCAGGGCACUUGGAUGUUCAGCUACUUUGUAGUGUAAAAUCAUAUACGUUGAUUUGAAUAUAUAUUCAUACAUAUAUCGUUCCUGGAUAUCAUUCUUGAAGAUAUUGCUUAUUCAUUAUUAUUUCUAUUAUCGUCAUAGACGCAAAGUCCAAUUGUAAAAUCAUCAUUAGAUAUCUCACGGCAUCUCCCCACUAUCAUUCGGAAGCGGGGCACUCUUAUAUAUUCAUCCCAUCUUCUCAGUCCGACUCAUUUAUUUCCUUUCAAGCACAGCAUAUUCUCAGAGAAACCCAAAAUGCCUUCUUCAGAUAUAAUCCACGAAUUCGAUACAAUCGAAGACACAAUCACCGCCUUCAAAAAUGGCGAAUUCAUCAUCGUCCUCGACUCCACCUCGCGCGAAAACGAAGGCGACCUGAUCAUAUCCGCUAGCGACAUGACUCCCGAAAAAUUGGCCUUCAUGGUCCGCCACACCUCCGGCAUAAUCUGCACGCCCAUGCCCCCCUCCCUAACCACGCAAUUCGCUCUCCCCCAGAUGGUCAGCGACAACGAAGAUCCCAACCGUACCGCCUACACCAUAAGUAUUGACGCCAACCACCCAUCGACCACCACCGGCAUCAGCGCGCACGAUCGCUCGCUCACCUGCACCAUGCUCGCGGAUGCGAAAUCCAGCCCGCAGAGUUUCCGCAGACCGGGCCACGUAUUCCCGUUGCGGGCGCGCGAGGGCGGUGUGCGCGAGAGACCGGGUCAUACGGAGGCCGCGGUGGAUUUUUGCAAAUUGGCGGGAAAGCCGCUGGUGGGGGUUAUAUGUGAGAUUGUGGAGGAUGGAGAGGAAGUGGCCGGACAGGCGAUUAGGAAGGAGCCGGGAAUGUUGAGGAGAGAUGGAUGUUUAGCUUUUGGAAAGAAAUGGGGGUUAAAGACUUGUACGAUUGAGGCUCUGGUGGAGUAUAUGGAGGAGAAAGAGGGAAAGUGGGUGAAGAGUGAGGAGCAGCGUAAUGGAAAUAGGGUCUGAGGUGAAACUUCGAUCUAUGUGUAUUAAAAAAGAUAUCACUUGUGAUUUCCGGAUAGAGAAGAGGCUGAAAAGAUGGCCGCUGAAAGGCAAUGAAGAAGAGAGGUAGACAAAUGCAGGAGAUAAAACGGAGAUGAUAAAUUUGGAUAGAUGAUGAUGAGGAGUUUAACUGGUCCUUACUUGUAAUUCUAUAUGGGCUUGGUAUAUUAGAUUCAAUCGCCGCGAGGAGCAAAAGGCAAAAUCUCAACAAUGGAAUUUAGCUAGGUUUUCAAUGUUUCUUGAGUCUC